UCCAUCGCUGCCCAAUUUCGUUCAAUGGCAAACUCACACCCAGAGAACGCUGGUUUCGCAAAGCCAUGGCAAGAGUUUAUAGCUGAGUUCGGUGGUGCACCACUACUUCACGGCCCUCUGGAGAACGCUUUCAAGGACUGGGACGAACUGUUGUCCAAGUUGGUUGCCAAGUACGACUUUCCAGGCCCAGAUACCUCAGUUGAGGUCAAAGAUUUACAGAUUAAUGACCACGGCUUGACCUGCCGCGUCUACAAGCCACUAAACGCGCUAGGGACGGGUUCUCUAGGACUUUAUUUCCAUGGAGGAGGAUGGGCAAUGGGCGAUCUCAAUGGAGAGGAUGCCCAGUGCCGUCUCAUCAGCAAGCAGUGCAACAUGGUGCUCGUGUCUGUGGAUUAUCGUCUAUCACCAAAGCACAAAUAUCCUGCAGCUCUAGACGAUUGCACAGAAGCGGCCAAGUGGGCUUUGAGCAGUCAAAGAACGCUUGGAACAAACGAUGCGCCCAUCACAUUGAUCGGGGGGUCUGCUGGAGGAGGUCUGGCAUUUAGUACAGCUUUGAGGCUGAUCGAUGAUGGACUCGCCGCACAGGUCGCCGGAGUUGCCGCGAUGGUCCCUGUGACUGUCCAUCCUGACGCGGUGCCGUCUGACCUGAAAGCAAAGUACACAUCUUACGAGGAGCAUGCCGAACAUACAGUCAACACAAAGAGCGCGAUGGAAGCCUUCUUCGAUGCAUAUGGUGCUCCUCCGGACGACAAAUACACGUCGUGUCUACUACAUCCUAACCUCAUGAAGUUACGAAGAGCUUACAUAGUCGAGUGUGGUACGGACACAUUGCGUGACGAUUCUAGACUGAUGAGAGAGAAGCUGGAAAGUCUCAAUAUUCCAGUGAAAUACGAUAGUUACCCAGGAUACCCCCAUUACUCGUGGACGUUUCCAUCAAAGGCGCUGGAGGAACAUCAAAAAGACUUCUCUGGAAAUUUGGUCCAAGGUGUCAACUGGGUGUGCAAGGCUUGAUCGUGAGGCCAUCAUAGAUCAACCAUUAGAACCAGUCAAGGCUAGGGAGGCUCUCACGGAGGGUAGGAAACGGAGACUCUCUGGGCAAGCCACGGCCCUCAGCGGCCGAGGAUUUGCGGCUGGGAAUGAGCCAGGCAACUGUCUAAUAGCAUUUGGAGAUUGCUGGAGC